AUGUCCAUCUUCUCGCGCAUGAAGAAGAGCCGCCAGCAGGCCAAGGAGCACAAUGCCAAGCUUGCCGAGCAGGAGAAGAAGGAGAAUACAGAAAAGACGCCCUACCGGCAUGUCCCCACGCACGCGGCCACGGAUGCCAUCGCCAGCGCGCCGCCCAGCUGGCGAGAGGCCGACCGGCAGAAGAUCCAGGAGCAGAACCGGCGGAGGAGUGCCAUGGCGGCGUCGGGCCAUCACAUGAACAUGCCGGGCGCGCCUCGCGUGGGCAGCAGCCUGUCACACGUCUCGUACCCAACGGACAAGAGUGCCACGCCCAUGCGCAUGCCCCGAGCGUACAGCUACACAGGCGUGUCGCCCUACUCGGCAAGCUACAGCCGCGACGUCGCCCACUCGAUGCCCGACGUUGGCUCGCAGUUCACGGCCUAUGCCGCCUCGACCAAAGGCAAGGAGGCCGUCCGGGUGUCCGUCUCUGGCUACAGCACGCCCCGGACCAGCCCAACGUCCUCGCAAGAAGAAUCAGAGAGCUCCAGCGGCUCUACGAGUUCGCAAGAUGACCUCGAGAUGAGGCUCGCGCGCCCCCCCGUGGUGCGGGCUCCGCCGCCCCUUACAGCAGCUGUCGGCAAGGCAGGUCGUCGACCGCGUGCCGGCCACCGCCGCCCGUCCGACUCAUCCAUUGAGCGAAUCGCCAUGGCAAACUCGGCCAAGGGGGCCGCUCGGGAGUCCCGCCCGCCCACGUCCAUGAGGGGCUUCGCCUCCAUCGCGCCCAUUGUUAAUGCGCCCGCUCCAGUUGUACGGACAUACACUCAUCCGCAACUGGAACUGCCGGGCUCGCUGGAGACGUCUGAAUAUUCGCUUUCAAGCUCUAUCAACGCCAGUCUCAACACCUCUGCCACGACCCUGACUUCCGCUUCCGCCCCUCUGUCGACGGACAGCAGCCCCUCCCCGGAACACAAUGGGACGCACUCCAAGGAGCGCAAGGCCGCGAAAGUCACUCGCUUCACGGAGCUGGAGCGGAUUGAGUCUGGUGCCGAAGCGGUGGCUGCUGCACCUCCCAAGACCGACCAAACUGUGGCUCCCACCCCCGCUGCUGCCCCAACUUCCACUGCCGCCCCUGUGGUGAGGCAGGCCAUCGUCAUCAACGUGUUCCCUGAAGAGGAUUCAAUCCCCGAGCCUGAGAGUGUCAAAAAGUCCAAAAGAUUCUCCAAGAGCGGAGGCAAGCUGUCGAAGAAGUCUCGCUGGGCUAGCUCCAAAGCGCCGGCUGUCACUGUUUGA